GCUUGGGAUGAACCGCGAGCCAUUUGUGCGUCCAUCGCUGCGUCUGAGAACCAUGGCCAUGCUGCGAGUGUCAUCCUACCGAAGGUUGUUUGAGGAGCAGUGCUGGAGACAGAACGGAGCGUCGGUGGUGUCGAGGCGCAGCCCUGGCAGGGUUGGAGCGGCUGACGAAUGCCAAUGCGACAAGUAUGACUUUGCAUCUGCCAAGGCGCUCAACAAGGAAGGCCUGGUCCGAUUCACCCAGGACCACACCGUCCUCUCCGGCCUAAACAACCGCCUGGUCCGGCUGAUUGAACUGGCUCGUUGCUUUGAGGAGGAGAAUGAGUUCCUGGAGAGCCAGAUCCUGGAUCUGGAGGAGAGCGGGCCCUCUGCGGGAGUCUCUGGCACCGGGGGGGCUGUGGCUGACUGCAGCCUGGACGCGGUGGUGGAGAGGCUGCGCAGAGAGAGGGAUGACAUCUUGUGUGACACGGUGGAGCUGCAGAAGGAACUGCAAUGUCUGAGGCAAGAGUUUGAGAAGGCUCUGCAGCAGAGGACCAGCGUCCAGCACGCAAGACUCGACCUCGCUGAGGAGGUGGAUGCGGUGACAGCCGAGUGCCUCGCACUCAGGGAGCAAGCUGAGAUCUACGAGCAGCAGCUAGUCUGCAUGGAGGCCCAGCGCAGCACGGCGGUGCAAUGCCACGAGUCCCAGGGCCCCCAGGGCCCCCCCCCUCUUGGGACCCCCGAAUCCGGGGCGCGACUGGAGUUCUGCAGCCCAGACAUUACGCCCGGCCUGCAGAUCAAAGCGUACUACGGCCAACUGGCAGAGAGCCUGCAGUGCGAGUGCGGAAAAUCCUCCCCUUCUUCUUCUUUGGUGCCGUCCCACGAUCCUCUGCGAGAAGAGGGCGUGUCUGGACCCCCGAGGUCAAAGGGCAAAGACUCCCCAAAGAUGGCCGACUCCGGAGAGCUGAAAGAGCUGGUGGGCCAGCUGCAGAAGGAGCUGGCCGAGCUUCAGAAGGUCAGCGUGGAGCUGGAGGAUGAGGUGGAGGUGAACGGAGACGCUCACCAGGAGCGGAUUGAGGAGCUGGAGUGCACCUUGGAGGAUAUGAGGGCUCAGCAGCUUGAUUUUGAAGACCAAAUCCAGGAUCAGUGUGAGGACUACCAGGAGUUGCUGUGCGAGAAGAGGACCAGAGACCUUGAGAUCGCGGCCUACAGGGGUCUCGUCGCGGAGGAGGACGACAGGCUUUGUCACCUGUAACAGGAGAGACGGACUGAGGGACGAUCAGUCAGAAAGCACUGGAAUGGAUGGAUGCCACCGGAAUGGACUAGAAGUGGAAGAAGAGAAAAAUUGUGUCCGAGUGAAGAAGCUUAGGCAUUUUGAAGGGAUGCAAAGUUAGCGUGACAGAUUAAUACCGGCUGGAUCCCUGCACAGGGUCAGUGAUAACUGCUCUUGUCAGAUGACCCCCAGACUUCAAGAAAGAUUGGACUGUCUAAAAGCUGGGUGGCGGAAGAGGGAUGGGAGGCUGUUGUGAUGAUGGGUCUGCAGUCAUUACCGAUGUGUGUGUGUCUGUUCGAUGUAUGUAACGUGCACCGCUACUACCCUUAUUGUUUGAUCUCGGUUAGCUAAACCAAUUAUACACACAAAGAAACUGUUGCACACACACACACACACACACACACACACACACACACACACACACACACACACACACACACACACACACACACACACACACACACACACACACACACACACACACACACACACACUGGCAGAUCACCUCUGGUUUGUCUCCCUGUCCCCUCACCCAUCAAACAUAGUCAGAUUAGUUGCUCUUAGCCUUUGACCUUUCAGCUGUUGACAUAACGAGGGGCAGCUCUCUCUCUCUCUCUCUCUCUCUCUCUCUCUCUCUCUCUCUCUCUCUCUCUCUCUCUCUCUCUCUCUCUCUUUCUCUCUGUCUCUGUCUCUGUCUCUGUCUCUUUCUCUCUCUCUCUCUCCCCCCCCCCCCUGAUUGGAUGGUAUUAAAAAAUCAAGGUGCUUCAACUGUUACAGUCAUGCUUGUGGAUCGAUUAUACUCCUAACUUGCAGCGAACCAGAUAACGAGUACAAGCUGUGUGCUUCCUUAGCUAAUUAUUUUUUUAUGUACUCUGUAGCUUCAGCAAGAGUUCAAUUUGUCCCCAUGUCAAAUACUCAAGGUAGAUGCUUAUUUAGCUUUUUGUGACCUACAACUAAAGUACGAAAAUGGACUAAAUGAAGUACAAAGUUAAACGCUGUUACAUUAAAAUCGAGUAAAAUACUGUUCAUUUGUGCUGGACCAUCCCUCAUGUCUUCUCUUCCUCUAUUAGUCAUAAUUUCCUCAAAUAAAUGCUUACAUGUUUAUCCCCCCCCC